AUGGAUGAAACAGUGCAUAGUUCAGUCGAAUCUUGGGUACUUUUAACCCUCAUCAAUCGCGAUUUGGAUGACGGUGACUACUAUAAUGCGCUCUUAUUGUCUGAAAGAUUAUUUGCCAUUGACACCCAACACAGCUACUAUCGUUUUCUUUAUGCCACCUGUCUCUUUCGAACACUAGAUUACUCUGGCACCUACAUGAUCUUGCGGACUGAUCGUUCUGUGACCUCAUUAAAUCUAUUUGCCAAAAGUUGCCUUGAACUGGCCAAGAUCGAGCAGGACAAGAGCAAGAAACGAGUGUUUUUGGAAGAAGGUGUAGAGGCUCUUUCAUUGGCUUUGAAAGAUCCCUCGUUGGAACAAGAUCUGAACUGGGGAAAUGAGCUAACCAGUUUAACGAUGCGUCAGCAUAAACCCAAUAGAUCAUCACUAUACAAUCUCUUGGGCGAUUUGUACGUUGGACUAGACAACAUACGAGCUGCUGCCAGAUCAUAUUGGGAGUGUCUUCGCAUAAACCCUUACAAGAUAUCAGCAUAUACCAAACUGUGCGAUAUUGCUCCAGAUGUGGUUAAUUUCAGUAAGGCAAAGUUGCCCAAGGAUAUCUUUAAGGACUUUUCAGAGACGCUUGAUCUGUCUGUACAUCAACAAGUAGACUCCUCGCUCCUUCCUUCGGCUGAUGCACCCGGUCUUGUCUUUCAUGAAUAUCCUCCGUACGAAAAGAACACAUACUCUAUGCCAGGGCUCAGUGAUUCCGAGUUUGAAACGAUCAGUAUUGAGCAACUAAGGACGCUUAUCAAGUUUAAGCCUAAAAUUGCUGAUUUGGAUGAGCAAGUUGAAAGAAAUUCUAUAGAGAUCAACAGAGACAGACUGAUCGAUACUGUCGAAAAGGAUAUUCAACAAAUGAAAAUGCUUGAAGAUUAUAAAAACAAACAUGGAUUACAUAAAAAGCCACCAGUUGAGACGCCAAUACAUCUUAAUAUGGAUAUGCCUCAGCUUGAUGAAAACAUGGAUCUGACGCAUGAACCACAUGAGCCCAUUCAACCACACCCACCACGGCUUAGCAGAAGAAAGCACUCAUCCGAAUCAGAGAGUUCAAACAAAAGACGACGUUUAUCCUCAGAACAGUUUAUACCCAAGAAUCAAUCCAUAAGCCAUUUAUUUCUAUCAAAGAACCACAAAAAUAUACCAGGAGAAGCCAUGCAAGAUAUCGUCAUGGGCAUGAACAAGGUCGUUCAACUACUACGGAUCAUCGCCAAUGGUUACCUCCACCAGUCAUUCUAUCGCUGUGAAGAAGCUGUUCUAGAACUACAAAAGUUGGAUGACCGGCAGUACAACUCGGCUCGUAUUUUGAGCAUCAUUGGAAAAGCAUAUUAUGAUGCCAUUGAUUAUCAAACGGCCCGCGUCUUUUUUAGACAGUCAUUUUGUAUUGCGCCUUGGUACUGUGAAUACACACCUUAUUACUCCACUUGUCUCUGGUACUUACAAAAGGAUAAAGAACUCAACAUUCUAGCAUACAAAAUGAAGAGUAACCCAUGUCACCUCUAUGAAGCCUAUAUCGUGAUGGGUAACUGGACAAAAUGCGUCAAAGAAGGAAGCGAGGCCGCACAUUGGUUCAAGAAGGCGGUCCAGGUCAACCCUAGUCAUUUUUAUGCUCAUGCUCUGCUCGGUUACGAAGAUUGGGAAAAAGAGAAUCAUUUGGGCGCUAAGCAGCAUUUUGCAAAGAGUAUGGUGGCUAAUAAACGAUCUUAUCUCGGAUGGUUUGGUCUAGCUAAUGCGUAUCGCGCCAUGGAGGAAUACGUACAAGCAGAGAAUUUGUUAAAGGAAGCAAUCAGAUUACACCCCAGACACCCUGUUGUCCUUGCCACCAUGGCGGAAGUUUUAUAUAAUAUGGAAGAAUAUAGUGAAGCUAAAGAAUAUAUUGAACAAUCGUUAAACAUAAGACAGUUUUCAGAUUAUGAAAAAUUGAGAAUAAAAAUACUUGAAAAGUUGGGAGAAUGCUAG